CAUUCUAUCACAAAACUAUGGCAAAGUCUUUGGAUUCCAGUUUAUAUUAUCCAAUUCAGGCAAAUACUUUAAGAAUUGGGCAAUAUGCUCUGCUACAUGAUAAACCAUGUAAAAUUGUCCAGAUUGUUAGAUCUCAGCCGGGAAAACACGGACCUGCUAAGCUCGUUUUCGUUGGUUUGGACGUGUUUACUGGUAAGAAGUAUGAGGAUUGCUGUCCAGCAAAGCAUAUGAUGAAGGCGCCAGAAAUGUCCAAAAAUGAAUAUGAGGUUAUUUCAGUUAGUGAUGAAAUAGUUGUUAUUGAAAAGGAUGGAUCUUUCCCUGAAAUGCAGCUACCUAAGAAUGAUAUUGGAAAGAAAAUGUCUAAUAUGUUCGAAAAUGAAGAUCAGCUGAAAAUUACAGUUCUAAAUGCAAUGAAUCAAGAAGCUAUAGUUGCAGUAAAAAAGAUAAAAAACUAA